AUGUUACUUCGAAUUCGCCAAAUGUGCACGCAUUUCACUUCAAACGCAUUUACGAAUAGAGAGACAAGAAUCAUUCUCGAGCGAUACCACUCAGGAUGUACAUUCAGAUACAUCAGAGACUUACUUAAAAUCGAAAAUACCAGAUCUGUUGAACAAAGACGCCGAAAGAUACAGAAAUCGCUUGAGGAUAAUACAUUCCUUCAAUACUUCAUACAUCAAUACCCAAAUUGCGAUGAAUAUAAGAAUGAUAAAAUAGAAUACGACGAAGACGGACUUCCUGCUUAUGUAGCCCGUUUAAUCCAGAAGUACGAUAUUCAUAAGGCCUUCCUCUUCCAGAGGAACAAGAAAAACACCAAGAAAAAUCCAAAUGCAAACAAAGAUUUAUCUGAUAACGAAGCAUUUGUCAUUAAAGAGACACAAGAAGCACCAAAGAUACGAGGAUCAAGUGUUAUAUGGUCCAUUGAAGACGAUAACCAGCUCCUGAAGCUCUACGCUGAAAAUAUUGAUUCUGAUAAUAUUUAUAAGGUUUUAACUCCUCAUUUCCGGACAUUAAUAGCCCAGAAUAUUAAGAAACACACAAUAGACCUCAUGGAACGCGUCAAGACCGGUGAAAAAAUCAAAGGACUUCGAGUUCCUGAAAUUUUAACCGAAAGAUUCAAAGUUGAAGAGACCAAACCCGACAUGAAGAUGUUCAACGUCAUAGACUUAGUCAAGAGCUUCGUAAAUAAUGCAGGAGAUCUCAAUAAAACUCACGAAGAAUUCGAUUUCUUAUCAAAAGGUUAUAUUAUGUACGUUGUCUUCUCAAUUUCUACAAGGCUUCCCACCAACAAAAUUACGAAAAACCGUUUUACGGAUAGAGAAACGAAGCUUCUCCUUGAAAAGAAAUUUGAUGACGAAUUAGAGAUCGACCAGAUCUCCCCUUACUUCAAAUAUAAAGGUCCAAUGGUUCUUCAAAAGAGAUUGGAGGAUAUCACUGACCAACUCCCUGAUUUGACUCCAUUAAAAGAUUUUGCCGAAAAAGCAAAGCCUCCAGAGGUACUUGAAGCGGCAACUUAUGAUUCUAAGUUCCUUCCGAACUACCUUCAGGACAUGAUUGACGAGUAUUUGAAUCCAGAAGGUUCAAAUGAAAAUGAUGGCGAAGAAGAUGGCCAAUCCAAGCAAAGGAAGACUAAAAAGAAUGAACCAAUUAAGCUCGAAUAUGAAGAAGAAGAGGAUAAUGAACCAAUUAGAGAAAUUAUUAAUUCUAUCAACGAUUUAGUUCGAACUCUUGUUAAUUAG